AUGAUUCCAAGAGCUUUUUCAGUGACUGACCCUGAAAGAGUCAGAGGAGGGAAACCUUUAGAAACACCAGGAACCGAAGAGAGGGAAACACAGAAAAAGGACAAGACAAGAAAGGAAAGAAAAAAAUAUGGACAGUGUCUCUAUGCCCAAGGUGAUAAAAAAGCUGACUGGAAAAAAUGGCCAGCUGCAAACACCUCCAACCUGAACUCCUUUUCACCCCUGCAGAGCGGGGUGGUUUACCAGGACAAAAACGCCACUGCCCAGCGAAUAUCCUCAGCCAGGAUCCACAAAAUCAAAGAGCUGAAGAACGAAAUAUUCGACUUGCAAAGGAAAAUCGAGACCUCGAGCUUCGAGAACCUGGCUUUGAAAGAGCUGAACCGGCGGCACGGCAGAGCCAUCGGCAGGUACAGCAGCGCAGAGAGCCACCUGCAGGAGCUGCUGGCAGGGCAUCGCAACGAGAUGAGAGAGCUCAGGAACCUCCUGAAAACGUCCCAGGAGGCCGAGAAAAACACAGCCAGGGAGCUGAAAAAAGUUGAAGCGGAGCUGAGGAGAACUAAAGGUGAUCUGAAGGCUUUGGCUGUGCUGUCAGAAGACAAAGCUCUGGCAGAGAAGGAGGAACUUCAUCGCAGGUUGUCGGUCCUUAACGAAACAUUGGAAGCAAAGGAUGAGAGGAUACAGAGUCUGGAAAUGCAGCUGAAGAUGAACAGCUGCACCUUUAGUCAUCAGCUGGCAAGUAAGAGCAAAAAACUCCUGGAAGCUACAAUGACCACAAAGAACUUGCUAAUGGAAAUUAACAUUGUUCACCAAAAAAUUAAGGAAAAGGACCGGCAACUUUAUGUACAGAAUAUUUAUGCAAAUCGGAUGCCAAAAGCCCUGAGGGACAGAAGUGAUUGGGUUCCUAAUGACCAAAGUCUGAGAGUAGACAGAUCAGUACAAGUAGAUAAAGAGAGUUUUAGAGAGCUGCUGCUGUCUCAGCACCAGGAAGCAGAAAAAAAUCCAAUCCAGCUAAAAAAGGAGAACAGAGAAGAUAAGGGUGGAGAAGGUAAUGCAAAGGAAGUGUGCUCAGAUGCUCAGGGUAAAAAAGAAAAGCAAGCAACCAAGAAAGUGCCAGAAACUUCAAACAGCACUCACAGAGGGGACAAACUCCUGAUGGAAGAACACAAAUUUUCAGAAUUUAUUAAAGAAAUGGAGAAAGAGACAGAGGUUCUUAAACAGGAGCUGAAAACUCUGAUGAAAUCCGAAAAAAAUGCUCAAAGAGAAAAAGAGAACAAUCAAGAGGGAGAGGCAGUGGAAGAAGCUGAAAAAGAAAAGAAAAAACCCUUUGAGCAGCAAAAGAAGAAAGCCAGGAAUGAAGGUCCAAGUCCAAGCAAAGACCCCACUAGGCUGAAAAAGAAAUACAUCUUCUCAGCAGCCACUGAGAAUUUGCACCGGGGGCUCCACACUUCAGGUGCCAAGUGCAAAGCAGGAUUUGGAAAAAGCUGCCUGAAGAGCCAGAGACAGGCAGGGCAGAGCUGCAGUGACACUGCUGUGCCCAGGGGGAAAAUCUCCUUUGGGGCUUAUGAACCUUCUUUUGGGCAAACCCCCCUGGGCCGGCAGGACAGCGCCUCUGGAGGGGAAGAAACGCUUGAUGAAGGAGCUCUUGGGGGAGGAAUGUCUGCAAGGAGACAACUCCUGGAGUUCCAGCAGCACAAGGGUGAAGGCAGACAAGUGAGGGGUGCAAGGCAAAUCCCAAACUCCAUGCCAGGGUGCAGCUCUCCUCGGUAA